GGGGUGAGGUGUGUGUUUUGACUCGUAAUACGCAUUAAGUUUCCCAUCGGACAGCAAAAAAGUAUUUGUAACUUUCUGCCAUGAAGGGUCCCUAGUUUCUUUCUCCUUCCCGCUACUAUCUCUCUCUAUCUUCGCUUCUGCACACCCAAAUUAUCCCCCACAGCAGGCUAUAAUCAUCUCCUUCUUCCUUCUCGCUUUACCUCCAGAAAUUGAUUCAGAAGCUUCGCUUGCAGGUGCAAAGGAGUUUGAGAUAAUUCGAUAGGGGUGAUGUCUCCGCCACUGCUUGGUAUUGGGGAGGACGAAGGCCAAAGUAAUGUUAAUCUGAUGGCUUCUCCGAUCUCCUUAGACAGUUUAGGGCAGAAUGGAGCUGAGCUGAAAGAGUGGAACUAUAUGGGACUGUCUGACUGUUCAUCUGUGGAUAGCUCCACCAUAUCUACCACAUCAGAGAAUAGUAGUGCCUGUGGACUGACUUUGAGGGCAACUGAGUUGAGACUUGGACUUCCUGGCUCACAAUCUCCUCUUAGGGAUGUCGAGCUUAGCCCGCUGAGCUCUACUAAGCUCGACGAGAAGCUGCUUUUCCCACUUCGCCCUUCCAAUGAAAACAACUUCAUUCUAUUACAGAAGACUGUAGUUUCUGGAAAUAAAAGAGGGUUUUCUGAUGCUAUGGGUGGAUUCUCAGAGCAGGAAAAGUUUCUCUCCAGUUCAAGUGUCAAAACCGGUUCAGUGAAAGAGAAUCAAGGCUCUCAACAGGCUAAAAUCAAAGAGGGGCCAACCCCAAACACAAUGCUGGAGAGGCCUCGAGCUAAAGAUGAGAACAUUCAAAACCAAGGUGGAGGUAGUGCUCCUGCUACAAAAGCUCAGGUUGUUGGUUGGCCACCAAUUAGAUCUUACAGGAAGAACACAAUAGCUUCUGCCUCAAAGAACAUUGAAGAAGUUGACGGUAAAGCAGGAUCAAGUGCCCUUUUUAUUAAGGUCAGCAUGGAUGGUGCUCCUUAUCUGAGGAAAGUGGAUCUCAGAAUGUAUUCUGCUUACCAGGAACUCUCAUCUGCUCUUGAAAAGAUGUUCAGCUGUUUUACCAUUGGUCAAUAUGGAGCUCAUGGAGCACCAGGAAAAGAGAUUUUAAGCGAGAGUAAGUUGAAGGAUUUGAUUCAUGGAUCUGAAUAUGUCCUAACUUAUGAGGAUAAGGAUGGUGAUUGGAUGCUUGUUGGUGAUGUUCCUUGGGAGAUGUUCAUUGAUACAUGUAAGAGGCUGAGAAUCAUGAAGAGCUCUGAUGCCAUUGGAUUGGCCCCAAGGGCCAUGGAGAAAUGCCGAACCAGGAUAUAGUAAUAUGUCCUACACAUGAUUGAGGCUAUCUGCUGUCCAACAAAUACCAGAGGAAGCAGUGGUUGAUCUUAAUCUUGAUCUGUCCGAGAGGUUGGCUAAUACACAUGCGCAUAUGGGGCGUUGGCUACGGAUAGCCUGUCAUGGGUAGAUCAUUUACCGAUUAUCUAAUUGACGCAUUCAUCUAUCUUCAUAUCCCUGCAAUACUUAGUACUAUAAGGAUUCACAAUGUGGUAAAUUUGUGAGUUCCUUUAGAUGAAUAGUAUUAUUAGUAUGUAAAGCCAGCCUAUUGUUGAACUUUCUUGUAUGUGUGUAAUUGAGACAAAAAUUGAUGUUAGCCUAAUUCCUGAUCUGUGCACCCUGAAACUCUAGUUUAUUUUCUGUUUCAAAUAAAUAAAUGUCUGCUUGUUCAUUUGUUUUGUCA